UUGCUGGAGACUCGGAAAAAGAACAUCAUGUCCUCUCAUAAACGUCCUCACACACCACUGGACGGCGACUCAUCCCCCAGAGACUCACCGACUCCCAAAGCAGCGCGAAUCGUACGCUCUCCCAGUCGCGCCGCAAAUUCCUCGGAUUCCUCUUUGUCUGAAGCCCCGUUAUAUUGCACCCUACCGCCAACCUGUAAUCCGCCGUCACAUAAACCUACGCCGCUUGCGAACACGAAGGAAUUAGAGUCACAUUAUGCGAAGCAUCAUGCCCAUGUGUGUGAGGUUCGAGGGUGUGGAUGCGUUUUUCCGGACGCUAGGUUGUUGGAGCUGCACCAGACAGAGAACCACGACCCCGUCGCCGAGGUCCGCAAAGAGCGCGGAGACAAGAUCUUCGCCUGCUUCCUCCCACCGUCCCUCUGCCCGCGCUCCUUCUCAACCCCCAAAACACGCCGUCUCCACCUCAUUCAAGUACACGGAUACCCAAAACAGUACUUCUUCGCUAUCACGAAUAAGGGGAUGGGAGGGCUAUUGAGGAAGUGGGGCGAGGGUGUUAGUUUGGUUAGGCCCGAUUGGAAGGCGAGGGAUGGAGGGGCAGGCGAGGAUGGGGAGGGCGACGGCGACGGUGAGACGGAGAUGGAGGGGCACGCAGAUAUAGAGGGAGGCAUGGACGUGGAGGGUGUAGUGGAUAAGGGCGACGAAGGUGUAGAGAAGCAAGGAGGAAAGAAAGCGGCGACGAAUGGCCACUCGACUGCGUCGGUUGUUCAGCAACCCACAGAUAUCAGCACACAAUAUCGAAAACCUUACGCCGCUGCACAGACUGUCAGAUCUCAGCAAGACCAACAUCAAUAUCCACCCCAUCUACAUCAACAUACCGAUGCGAACACUAACACCACCAACACGCGACCACAACAGCCAAAUCAGGCAGACAAACCGAGCCUCGGAAUGGAUAUCGAUGCGAUGAUGGACCAGAUGUCUUCUUUAUCGCUCGUACCUUCGUCUGUGAGGUUCGGAAGGGGAGGGAAGACUUCGGGGAUGGGAUUCGCCAGAGCUGGUGGCAGGACGACGGGCGUGAAGGAACAUGGGAUGGGGAAUGCCAAGGGCGCAGUGACGGGAAUGACGGGAAAUAACGCUAGCAAGGCGCAUGGGGCAAGAGAGGGAGCUGACGGUGCGAUGGACAUUGAGAUGAGCAACGGUUCGAACAGAACGGCCGGGAAGAAUAUGUCGGUCGAUCAUCGAAGAGUUGAGAAGGAGGGAGCAGCAAUAUCCCGGAAGGCACAGUUUUCGGGAGGUGAUAGGGAAGGAGACACCUACGAUGACGCGCAGAUAGAGACGAAUGCGAGCAAUUCGGUCAAGGGGAAGGGGAAGAGCACCCAGAGAGAUGUACGCAGAGGCAGGGAUGGGGACAUGGAUAGACAGCUCGAAGAAGACAUGAGCGUGGACGAUGCAUCGCUCUCACCUUCGCCUCAAUCUUCACCGCCACUCGCAAAGAGCGGAGCAAUACACAGCACAAACAGGACGAAUGGAACAGGACGUACCCAAGGCGGGCCACAUGCCCAGAGCCGGGGGCGUGGAACGAUCGGCAUGCGAGGUGGAAGAGGAGGUAUGGGAUAUGGGCACGGUAUGAAUGGGAUGAACGUGGCUCCGAGGGGAGGAUGGAUUGGUGCAGCUAUGCCACGAGCUGCGGGUAUUGGUAUCGGGGUGAAUCAUCUUGGGUUGAGAGGCGGUUUGCCGCUAAGAGGUGGGAGAGGUAGGGCAAGAGGCCGAGGUGUUGCCCGAGGUGGUGGACGAGGAGGCGGUGAUGGGGGUGGAAUGUAACGAAGACCAAUGCUCGAGCAGAGAAUAGAGAAGUUGCCUGGGUAUGCUGAACGUGACAUUGGUGGCUAGGGAUGCUUCUGAAGGAGACGCGAUGCAUUGCUGUUGAGCCCAGGAGAACUUUCGUGGAGGAAGCUGGGUGUGACUGGCUGGAUCGCAGAUGUACGAUUUCUUGCUUUCAUUUGUCUGUUAACGGUUUUGUCGCUUUUGGCUAUGCUGCAAUCAAUAGUGUGCUGAC